UGCCUCAUGGCUGGUAGCAAUUGGUCCGGAUACGAACCUAUGACAAACGCAGUUAACCCACUUUUUCUUCUGCGUCUGUUGAUGACAUUCUCUGCUCUACCAUGAGCUACGGACUCGAAGCUUCAGCAGAGACGCACGAGCGUGGCGCUAAGCGAGCGUUCUCCACGUCACCAACGCUCACGACAUCCUCCGAUGGCGAGUCCUCCGAGCGCGACGCGCUAAUAGGCUCAGACGCCUUGCUGGUGGGUGCCGCGAGCCACAGCGGAACACAAAAGACUGCGCGCCGGCGCCACUCGACCUUCGACUGGAUGCUCGGCGUGACGUUCCUCGUGAUCGUGGCGCUCAUUUGGACGUUCGCUAGCGUGCUGGUGCAGUACAUUUUCCACAAUCUGAGCUUCCAGGGUCCGUUCUUCCUUACGUACGUUGGCAUCUCUCUCUUCUCGGUCAAUCUGCCUCUCUGGUACGCGUCGCAAGUGCUGCUCCCAAAGUUCAAGGCCUGGCUUCGAGGUCUACCCACCAACGGCAAGUUAAGCCACAGCGAAUUACUGCGUCGAUCGGGCGUACAGGCAAGUUACAGCCAAAUCUUCCGUAUCAGCGCCAUCAUCUCGCCCCUUUGGUUUAUCGCCAAUUUCACUUAUAACGAGAGUCUCAACCUCACGAGCGUGUCCAGCAGCACCAUCGUAAGCUCCACGUCCACAGUAUUCACGUUCUUACUGAGUGUUGUGGCACUUAAGGAACCCUUCGUUUGGAUGAAACUGGCCGGUGUCAUCCUCUGCAUGGCUGGUAACAUCUCGACGAUCUUCAAUGAUGAAGGAGUGGAUGGCGGCACUGAUCACGUGUUCGGUGACUUGGUGGCUCUCUUUGCAGCCUUCAUGUACGGCGUAUACACGACGGCGAUCCGCCGUUUGAUCCCGGACGAGGAGAGCGUGAGUAUCUCGCUGUUCUUCGGGUUCAUAGGCGUUAUCAACAUGGUGUGUCUGCUGCCAAUUGUUUUGGCCUUCCACUAUUCGAGCAUCGAGUCGCUAAGCGGGCUGUCGUUGGAGAUCCUGGUUCUCAUUGGCAUUAAGGGGCUGUUUGACAACGUGUUGUCGGAUUAUCUAUGGGCGCGUGCGGUGCUGCUGACGUCGCCCACGGUGGCCACGGUCGGACUGUCGUUGACGGUCCCGCUGGCCAUCGUGGCCGACUUUUGGUUCCACGGCAUGCUGCCCACGAACGUGACGUUGCUCGCCUCCACGCUCGUUAUCUCUGGCUUCGUACUGAUCAACGUCGGCACCAAGCAGAACCAGCAUGAAUACCAUCCGAAACGCUCUACGGACCGCUCGGACGCGGCUCUUGACCCUCGCACGCGCAGCAACAGCGUCGGCGAACUUGGUGUAUGAGAGAGGCAAUUGUUGAAGCACACGUAGUGCUUGGUGUCUUGAGUGUUCUGGUUUUUAAGCAUGAAUUACUUGCAUUUCCUGCACACACGCCAUAAUCUUUGGCAAUCCAGUGUUGAGUGGAUUUGCUGCUCACUCAGGCGAUGAAUAUUUUCGUGUUCAACUACAUGUACGGCAAGCGUACACAUGCAGAAUUUAUGUAUUCUGCUACUUCCGAAGUAUUAGCUUGCACGCUCGAAGCAAGAUUAUUUCCGUGACGUCAUCCGUAAUCACUGCAGUGCUUCGUCGAAAUGAUAAUCAUGUCGCGUACAUGAAGUCGCCGAGACAGGAUGGAAUUCACACGAGUCGUGGUCGUGUCACGACCCAGUACUCGGGCAUUUCUCCCGUUUUGGCUGUGCUACGUUAACAGCACGAGAGGUCGUGAGUAGUUGAAGCUGCGUUCAAUUGUACCAUCAUUUUUUUUGUUUUUCCCAUA